UAAUGUCUGCAAAUGCCGAGCCGUUGACAGCGGACCUCAAUGGUCUAUCUAUCUCAGAAAACGAGCAGUCUGCUGACUCAAAUCCUUGGAGUAUCCAAGUCCAAGGUCCCGUUAGACCCCCGCUCAAGACUCCGGAUCCUGUUCUCAUAGAACAAUCUCUCGGCGAACAGAGUACAGGAGCAGAACCAGAACCAGAACCAGACACAAGACCACGCACAAGUGCAGAAGUACUUAGCGAAUUCGAUCCUCUCGCCGAUACGAAGGAAGCGGACGCGAGACAAGCAUGGGCGAGCUCUACCGGUCAUCCAAUGCCCCCAAAGCCUCUCUCUUUACCUUCACCGGUAGAUGUACCUUCGAGUACGACAGUUCCUAGAGAUACCGCCGUCGCAAACGCGUCUCCUCCUGGAAUCGGUUCAGGCCUUGCUUCACUGGCCAACCUUGCGAAAUCGUUCACGCUUCCCAAGGUCCGAACACGUUCUGUGGAUAUUGCACCGCCUCCCAACAUCGUCACGCCCAAUACCAUAUCCACGUUCGCCGCGCAGCAGCGAUCACGACCAGAUACACCUCAAAGCGCUCCUCCCGCUUCGCAGCAAAAUACAAGCACUGAUAACGGGUCAAACGCCGAUCCGGUGACUGACUCGACGUCGCAUACACCCAAUCCGCGCAGAGAACCUCCUCCGUUUGAUUUCCAACUCUUCUUGGACCAGAUGAAGUCGAAGAGUGCAGAACCUGUAGCAAAAUACCUACGCUCAUUUCUGAGCAACUUCGCGAAGAAGCCGCUUGCAAUAAACGAACAAAUUAAGGUUAUCAACGAGUUUCUGAAUUUUAUCUCCAUACGCAUGCGAGAUGCCGACAUCUGGCGAAACGCUACGGAAGAUGAAUUUGAUAACGCGAUGGAGGCAAUGGAGAAACUGGUCAUGAACAGAUUAUAUGAAUUCACGUUUGUUCCUCAAUUGGCCGAGGCUCAACCUCCUCGUCCAAUAACAACGGACGACUUGGAGCGAGAUGGAAUACUCGCACAACGAAUCGCGCUCUUCAGUUGGAUCGAGGAGAAACACCUCGAAGUGCCGGACUCAGCGGAUGGCGGUGGAUUCCUCAUGUUCGCUCAGCAAGAGUUACUGAAGAUAAACCACUACAAAGCGCCGCGUGACAAACUUAUCUGCGUACUCAACUGUUGCAAGGUCAUAUUCGGUUUAAUCAGGCACCUUCACAAAGAAGAGAAUGCAGACUCCUUCGUACCAAUCCUAAUCUUUGUCGUGUUAAAAGCGAAUCCACCAAACCUCAUCUCAAAUAUCGAAUACAUCCAACGCUUCCGGAAUCCGCAAAAACUGCAAAGCGAAGCAGGAUACUACUUAUCUAGCCUAAUGGGUGCCGUACAAUUUAUCGAAACUCUAGACCACACCAGCCUCUCGCACAUCACCGCCGAGGAAUUCGAGCGUAACGUCGAAUUCGCCAUCCACGAUCUCCCCGGUUCUCCAGAACCCAAUGAAAAACCGAGUCCUUUUGCUUCCCAACCGUCAUCACGACCCACCACGCCUUCACGUUCAUCCUCACUCUCAGCUUUAUCUUCUACAUCCGGACCUUCAACGCCUCAACGACCUCGUCUUGGUCCGGAUCUGGGUCCGUCGACAGGUGCCUCCCCACAUGCAGGCGAAGAGUCCGCCCAGCCUCUUUCUCUUUCUCUCGGUGGUCUCGGUACAGCAGGUGGGAACUUCGCAGACGACACACGCCGCUUCCUCCAAAAGACAGGUGACGCAAUCGGUAAACCAUUCAACGCUCUCGGUCGUUUCCUCGGUGAAGCACUCGACGGACUGGAUACCUUACCCCCGGGUGUCAGCAGCGGACGGAGAGGAAGUCUUCCCGGAGGUACUGCAAUGGCGGGCCCAUCUGAAUUGAAUGUAGGAGGUGACACCCUCUCUCCAUCCACGCCUCCCAUCCAAACGCCUUACAAACCACGCAUCCGGCCCUCCACUCCCAACACCCAAACCGGUCCACAAAACACUCCGGCUCGCUCAUCAAACUCAGGCUGGAGCACCCCCGACUCCCGCUUCGGCGCCAUUCCCACUCCCUCCCGUAUCGGCCCAGGUACCUAUCCCACCCGCCCAGGAGGCGGCGAGUUCAUCUCCCCCCUCCCAUCCCGCCUCUCCUCUGACUUCUCUCCAGGCGCCGGUACAACGGGUCCAGAAGGUCAAGGUCUCUCACGGACGCCAACACCCGCGCUAGACCUCGCAGGCGUCCAAGCAGAGAUCGACCUCGCCCACGCACGCGCCGCCGACGCCUCCCUCGGCACACUCCUCCAAAUCUUCCCCGCUGUAGAUCGUGAAGUCGCCCAGUGGGUACUGGAAGCUGAGGGUGGUGACCUCGGGAGGAGUAUCGAGAAGUUGCUUGAGAUUGGUGGCGGUUAG